CAAAAUUCAAAUUCAACCACCAACACAUACAAAACCAAGCAACCAACCAAACCCACCAAGCCCAUCAAACCAUGAACCGCUUGAGACCAAUCGAUACGACAAACCUGACGAUUAAUGCUCAACUGUUCUUCAAUGAAACUAUCAUUGAAUCUCAAGUGGGAAUCGGAAUCUAUGAUGGAAAAAACAAGGACGAUCGGUAUCAAGAUGGGACGCUGUAUCUAACUUCUCAUAGAUUGAUCUACGUCGAUCGGACGAAUCCACAUCGCCAUUCGUGUUUCCUCGAUAUCAGUCUGAUCAGACAGACGGAGUAUUGGAUCGGCUUCUUGAAGAGCUCACCAAAGAUCACCUUACUCUUGGGUACUCGUCGCUCGAGUUUCAAUCAAACCUCUCAGGAUUCUCCCUCAGCAGACGAUCAGCGCAAGUUGACAUCAGAUCAGAACGAUAUCAUCAACCAUCCUGCCGCCUCCCACUGGACCUGUCACGUCUGUGGAUUCUCAAAUCCACCCGAGCUCAAAUGCGGUCUAUGCGGUAUCCCAAGGGAUUUAUCCUCAACCACAAAGUCUGCGUCAAACUCUAGACCACCUUCUUCUCUGAGAGACUUAUCUUCCCUAUCAACUUCUUUCCAACAUACUCCGUCUCAUACCAGAAGUUUAUCCAACCUCAGAGGAAUUUCAACCCAAGCCGAACCGAUCGAAACCUUAUCGAGUCCAUCUCAUGAGCUAGAGCGGAUACAGCAAGUCAAAAAUAAGGAGAUCCCAUGUCCUUCUUGCACCUUCCUUAAUCACCCUUCGAUGGCGCGCUGUGAAAUGUGUGAUUCGAUCUUGGGCACCGUUCAACUCGAUCGUUUGUCCCUCAACAAUUCAUCUGAAUCAACCUUAGCAGACAGUGAUUUACAACACUCUCGUGCCACCACCCCUGCUCCACCGUCCUCGUUCCCGGCGGACUCGUACAUCCGUCUAUCGUUCAGGAAGGGGGGAGAUAAGACGUUCUACUUCAGUUUAAAAAAAGCUCUGCAAAGUAAAUCUUGGAACACCAAUGGUUUGAAGAGUGAUUUCGAAUCUGCUAAGCCGUCAGCUAGAUUGGAACAAGAAGGCUCUACGCAGGGUCAACAUGAAAAUCCUUCCUACGUUUCCAAACCGAUAGGGAUUGAUCGGAUUCUGAAAACUAUGGAUUCUCAACAACAAGCCCAUCAGACCGAAUUAACCGAAGGUCUCCAAGAUCUUCAAGCUUUGAUGGCUAAGGCAAAAGAGAUGGUUCAAUUAUCACAAUCUAUCAACGCCAAACUGACGAGUCUAGAAUCGGUGCCCAAAACAGGCGAAGAGACAGAAACGCCAGACCAGAAAGCCGGCCUGAUACGCUCCUCACUCGUCAAACUUGGACUGCCCACUCCAGCUGUGACUCCAGAUAUGAUCAGUAACGACCAAGCGUAUGCCAAGGAACUCGCUAAAGAACUCGCCGGUCUGUUGACUCGUACGAUGGCUGGUCAAUCUGCAAUCAUGUUUCAUGGUUUUCAUGAUCUUGCAGUCGGGAUCCGACCCCUUGAUGAGAUUUGGUGCAUUUGGAAUCGAGCACGUGGAAUAUCACUUGUGUCACCGGCAGACAUGAUUUCAGCUUGUCACCAUUUACCAGAAUAUACGGUCCCAGAAAUCAGACUGAGGACGUUCAAAUCUGGCUUACGAGUCCUACAUACACCGUACUUCAGUGUACAUGAGUUCGAACAUCGGCUGCUUAGAAGGCUGAGGAACACGAGGGAAGAGGGCGCUGAAGAGGAAGACGGACAUGUUGAUACGACUUCCGAUCUGAUUGAUCCUCUAGAUGGGACCAAGCUCAUGAAGAUGUCGACCUUGGAGAUUGCUCAAUCGGAACGCCUGAAUCUCAAUUUAACAAAUGAAUUGAUCGAGUCCAUCGAGCAGACCCCUUCUCAUCCAAGCGAGUAUCAUCAUCAUCAUCCUCUCAGCUUCGAUAAAUGUUCUCUUGUCAGAGAUUUCGACCCUCAGACCGGACUCACGUUUUGGUUUGAAAAUCAAAUCUCUGAUUAUCAUUGGGAAGAAUCAAAUUCUUCUUGA